GAACAUCAAGGAAGUAGAGAGGAACAUCAUGGAGGAGGAGAAGAUAGAGGUGGAGGAGAUAGAGGUGGAGAUAAAGAAGAACAAUGUGGAGGAGAACAAUAUGGAGAAAAGGAUGGAGGCAGAAGAGAACAACAUAGAGGAGGUGGAGGAGAAGAAGAUCAUGGAGGAGGUGCGGAAAAACAUCAUGGAAGAGUCAGAAAAAAAGGAAGUGGCGAUGAAGGAUGAAGAGGAAGAUCUGAUCAUAUGGAAGAGGAGGGUGGCGGAGGCUAAGCAUGUAUUAAGACCUGGAAGAUUCGGAGAAGUGUCAGAAUGGCCGAGACUGUACACAAUCUUUGAGAAGGAUGAGACCAUGGAAGAGGAGACAAAGAAGGAGAACAUCAUUGAGAGGAAGGAAGCGCCUAUAACAGCUCAGGCUAAACUGGUAUUGACAACUCAAGAUCCCAUCAAACCUACCAGACAAUGGUGGAUGCCAAAAUACCUGCAGAGGAGGAGCAAUGGCAAAAACAUCAGAAGCAGAGACCGUGCAGAGGGGAGACGCGCAUCCAGAUUCUUUAGAACAAUUUUUGGCUGCUUUGGGAAGACAUCAGAAUAAAACACUUUAACAUCAAGUUCAAAACAACUGAAAAAAUUAUAACAUCAAAAUGAGAUAGAUCAUAACAUCAAGAUUUAAAGAAGAUCAAUGAUUGGACAUGUCACAAACUAUCAAUAAAAAGUGAUUAGAAGAAACCCACCCAGCAGAGGAGGAAAAGAGGGGAAACGGAACCAACACCAACAACAUGCAAGAUCUUUAAGAAUGGAGCAUCAUAAUGAACAUUGACAAGAGAGACUCCGGACCUGCGACAGUAUAGAUAAG